AUGACGAGAGCAGAAUACUCAAAUAACUCCAAACCUCUAAAGAUUGCAACAUUAGGAGCAGGACUAGUGGGCGCAGUGGCAGGCAUUGCCCUUUCCAAGCUUUCAAAUGUCAAUGUUACAAUCUACGAACUGUCUGAGAAAGCUCGAGAAGUUGAUCGUGGAUUGUUCAAAGGAGACAUCGUCCAAUACAAAGGAGCGGUUGCUUAUAGAAAUGUGUUCCCUAUGGAGCUGAUCAUGGAUAUUCCUAACCUCCCAAACGAUACGUCUGCAUGGGUCAAGGACGGAGACAUUAUGUUCUUUUCUCCUUUGGGGUUGACUCAGUAUGGAGUCGUCGCACUACGUCGCACGCAGUUUUUGAUCCCGAGGGUGUGGCAAACAAAUUUUGUUGGAAUGAAAAUACUGGAGAAUGGGCCAUCGCCUAGCGUUUGUCGGAGAUGCAGCGCAUCCAAAUCAGGAGCGUUUGGUGCUGGAGCACAGUUUGGAUUUGGAGAUGUUUGGGCUCUCUACCGACCUCUUCAGGAGACAGUCAGUGACGCCUACGUAGAUACUGGCCUUCUUGCAGAUUACGACUUACAUCGGGCUCUCUUCUUGUUCAAUGAGACAAGGCGUCAUUUUUUGGCUAGAGUAGAAAAACAGUUAGGCUAUGAUGCUGAUACUUAUAAGAGCUAUUUUAGUACUGCAAGAAAUGACAAGGAAUGGCGGGCCAGAUUCCGUCAGGUGGAAUCCCCUUUAGAGUGGAUGAGAGAAAAUAAUGUGGAAGCAGAUUUUUAA